UGACGGUCUCGUCUUUCCGUAAAUGGAACAGUAUUGUCCAAGUAUGUACAUAAUAGUUCGAUGAAUUUAUCACAUUAAAGAACAUGGAAAAUUGUUUCUUUGAUAAUAAUGCGGUGUUCCGGUCGAAAGUUUCUAAUCUGGAUCAUUUUAAUGUUCCUUUUUGUUUUGAUUAGUCAUCUCUUAAUCAGUCGUGAAUUAUAUUUAUCAAUAUUGGCUAUUACCGAUAUUUUAAUAUCAAAAAGUCAUUCAAGUUCUCAACAAAACAUCCAAAUUGGAGCACCUGCUUUUUCAGCAGGCAUGUACAUGGCGGGUCUACAUCCUAGGAAUACAAGUUUUUGUAAAUGGUACCAUGGUCUACCAAAUGUGCUUUCGUAUCCUGCAUCCAAAGUUACUUGGAGCCCUGAAAUCGGUGAGAAGAGUCCCUACAGAGUUCUACCGUUUGUAUUGCGCGGAACCGAGAAGAGGAAUAAACUGCCUCAGGUGACCUUCUGCACGCACGCCACUGCAGAUCAGGUCUAUGGAAUCGUGGAAUUAGCUCGGAGAUGGGAGGGCCCAUUAAGUCUGGCCGUUUUCACGCCUGGCCUUGACGCUGGUAUCGCCGUUGCUCUCCUCGAUCGGGCCUGUCGAUGCGAACCUGAAAUGUAUAAGGUUUCUAUUCACUUGGUAUUUCCUGCUGAUCAUCCACCAGCUUUAGGACAAAUUAUUGAAGUUAAAGGUGAUUGUUCUGCAUCUGAUCUUCAGAAAAGAGAAACAGAAAGGAAACAAAAGGGCAUGAUUUAUCCUAUUAAUGUGGCCAGAAAUGUAGCUAGAAUCCAAGCAAACACUACUCGUGUUCUAGUAACAGAUAUUGAAUUAUUACCUAGUCAAAAAUUAGCAUCCGGUUUUAUGAAAAUCGUCCGUGAAAAACCACCAAAAAGUGGCGUUAUUUUUGUGGUGCCAAUAUUUGAAAUAGAAUCAAAAGUGUUACCACCUUCGACAAAAAAAGAAUUGCUUUCAGCAACAAAAGCUGGUUUAGCCGUGUAUUUUCAUAGAUUCCUCUGUUCACAUUGUCAAAAAUUUCCUGGACUUACUAGAUGGUUAAUUAGACCGGAUCCGGGUAAGGUGAAACCACUUAUUAUUACAAGAAGGGAAUAUCCACAUCAUAGAUGGGAACCUGUAUUCAUAGGAACGCAAAAUGAUCCCUUUUAUGCUGAAGAAAUGUCUUGGGAAGGUAGACAAGACAAAAUGAGUCAGAUGUUCGAGAUGUGUCUUUUAAAUUAUCGUUUAAUUAUACUUGACGGUGCCUUUUUAGUCCAUACACCAGGUAUUAAACGAAAAAUAAAAAUUGAUGCAAAAAAACAAGCAUUUUUAAAAUCUCACGAAAAAAAAAAUGCUCAAAUAUAUCAACGAAUAAUUAAGCGUUUAUCGAAACGAUAUCCUGUUAAUCGUAAAUGCGCGCAUUAAUAUUUUCGAUAACAGAAAUCAAUAUUCAGUAUUCAGAAAAUUGCUUUUAAUAUAAGAAUAAAAUUAAAUUAAAGAUACAUAAAACAACUAUAUCGUUUAUUUAAAGCUAUAGAAUUAUAGUAGAUAUGUUAUCUAACGAACUAAUAUUUUGAUGAUAAUCCAAAAUAUUUGUAGAACAAAUGAAAUAUCAGAACAAAAUUCAUAUAGUAUAAUGUACUAUGUGUAUUGUAUAAUUUACUUCUAUAGGAAUUUAAUUAUAUUUUUGAUUGU